AUGCUCAUCCCAACCCCUCUUCUCUUCUCUUUUCUUCUCUGCCUCUGUCCGCCCUGCCUCUCUCCCUUUCAGCUUUCUCUCCCGCCAGAUACCCAUCACAGCCACAGCUCGAGUAAGGCAUCUCAGCAUCAAGGCAAGGAGAGGAGAAUCACCAAGAGACUUCUUGACCCAGCUCAUCUCCGAGUCGAGUAUUGGACUCUCAUCUCUAGAGAGCAGAACCCCAAGAUGGACUCAGACGAAGACGAGGUACUGCACUCUUCGUAUGGCCGUAAGGUGAUCAACAUUGGAGACGUCCUCGUCAGGAAGAAAGGGGACAACCUGCGUCCGUGCGAGCCGGAGACGCUGCAGUUCAUUGCGGAACACACGACGAUUCCUGUGCCCAAGGUCCAGGACACGGACUGGCAGGACGGCAGGCUCAAGUGCAUCAUCAUGGACUUUGUGCCGGGCAAGCCGCUCGACCAGAUCUGGGUAGACCUGACGGUGCAGCAGAAGCUCGACAUUGCGCACGAGCUGCACGGCUACGUCCGCCAGCUGCGCAGCCUCAGGGGCGACUACAUCGGCGCCAUCAACCGGCGCCAGGCCGUCUUUGGCCAGCGGUCGCCCAUCGAGUGCGGCCCCUUUGAGAGCGAGCGCGAGUGGAAUGCCUUUAUCCUCGAGGACAUUGUCUCGACGGCGCCGCGGAUGAUGCGGCAUCUCGCCCGGUACUGCCUCUCGCGCAAGCACCAGAUUGUCUUUACGCACGGCGACCUGGUGCCGCGCAACAUUCUCAUUGACGAGAAGACGUUCAAGGUGGCGGCCAUCCUCGACUGGGAGGAGUCUGGCUGGUAUCCCGAGCACUGGGAGUACAUCAAGGCGUAUCAGCAUCUGCAGCCGAUGACGGACUGGCCGGAUGUCCUGGCGCAUAUCCUGCCGCUCAAGUACGAGAAGGAGUACAUUGGCAUGUCCUUUCUGUAUCCUCUUCUCUAUCACUGA